GGUAUUGGUUUGUUUUUGUUUUACAAGGCUACUAGCGGCGGCCGACGAGCCUGCAAUGCGGCAAUGUCACUUCGAAUCCUCACACCAAAACCCAAACGGCCGUCUCUGUUAGAAAUAUGCAGCGGAGAUCUCAACCCCAAGCGGUUUUACCAACUCGUCUCCCACGCCGUUACUUCCGGCGUCUUCUCCACCGACUCCUUCGUCUCCAGCAAGCUCCUCCUCCUCUCCCUCUCCCACCGCCGCCUCGAAUUUUCUCGCUCCCUCUUCUCCCAGAUUCAAAACCCAAAUCUCUUCGCCUGCAACUUCAUCUUCAAAGACUUCUCGCUCAGCUCCUGCCCGCAAGAAGCGCUCUUUCAAUACAAUCUCGUGCGACGUCGUUACCCUCAUUUGCUUCCCGACAACUACUCCUUCCCUUUCCUCUUCAAGGCAUGCGGUCGUCUCAGUCUCCCCCACAAGGGCCAAGAGCUUCACGCUUUUACAGUCGCGCUCGGGCUCCAAACCGACGUCUUCGUCCAAAACGGCCUUGUUUCGAUGUACUCCGAGUGCGGAUUGCUUCACUCUGCUCGUAAAGUUUUCGACUUUCUUCCCGUUUCAGUUCGCGACGUGGUCUCUUGGAACAGCAUUGUUUCUGGGUAUGUGCAGAGCAAUCGGAACCGGGAUGCACUCCAGGUGUUUGAGGAAAUGCUUGCAUUUACGAGGCCCGAUAAUGUGACGUUGGUCAGCGCUUUCACUGCUUGUGGGAAGAUGGGGUGUCUUCAUUUGGGGUGGCAAAUUCAUGGGUUAGUGUUGGCAGGUGGGUUUGCAUUGGAUGUCUUCUUGGGUUCAUCCUUGAUCGACAUGUAUGCGAAAUGUGGGCACAUGGAUGAUGCUCGAAAGGUUUUUGAAAGAAUUGAGCAGCGAAAUGUAGUGUGUUGGACUUCUAUGAUCGCCGGUUAUGCUCAGUCACGUUCCUUCAAGGAGGCCAUUAAAUUAUUUAGGGGAAUGCAAUUAGAUGGAGUUGAAGCAGACGCAGCAAUGGUUGCUUGUGUAAUAUCUGCGUGCGGGCAUUCGGGUGCUUUAGAUCAUGGAAGAUGGGUGCAUACAUACUGCGAAAGAAGCGUCUUUUACACCAACAUCUCAGUGAAGAAUGCCUUGAUUGACAUGUAUUCGAAGUGCGGAGACAUUAUACGGGCUCUUGGAAUUUUCCAUGACAUGAGGACAAGAGAUGUUUUUACAUGGACUGCCAUGAUAACUGGUCUUGCUCUCAACGGGGACUCUGUUGGAGCACUGGAAAUGUUUUCACAAAUGGAAGCGUCGAGUGAUGUGAGGCCGAACGAGGUCACAUUCCUCGGCGUGUUGUCUGCAUGCAGUCAUGGCGGGUUUGUGGAUAAAGGUUUCACUAUUUCAGAGCUAUGACUAAAAUUUAUAAGCUCAGUCCUCGUAUCGAACACUACGGAUGCAUGGUGGAUCUUCUUGGUCGUGCUAAUCUGUUAAACGAGGCUGAAAAGUUCAUCAGAGAUAUGCCUAUUCAACCUGAUGUGGUUAUAUGGAGAUCUCUGCUUUUCGCAUGUAGGACUUAUGGGGACAUGGAUUUGGGAGAGUUUGUUGCCAAAAGGAUUGAGGAAUUGGAACCAAGAAAGUUUGCAUCGCGUGUUUUGUUGUCGAAUCUAUAUGCUUCAGCAUCAAGGUGGCAUGAUGUGAGCAGGAUGAGGAAGGGUGUGGCUCUUCAGGGUGCCCGGAAGCAGCCGGAUUGCUCUCUUAUAGAAGUAGACGGUCUCGUUCAAGAAUUCAUUGUUGCAGAUUGUUCGCAUUGUCAAAUUGAUUCUAUAUACGAGACGGUUAGAGGAAUGAACAAAGUCAUACGAUCAGAAA